GGAGCGGGGUCCUCGGCGGGCCCGGGUGAGGUCACUCUUUGUGGCGGCGGUUGGCAAGAUGGCGCCGGUGCCGGUGGAGAAGAAGCUGCUGGGGCCAGACGGGCCCGGCGGCGCCGAUCUCCCCAGCGAGGAGGAAGAAGGGCAGAACCUGUGGUCAUCGAUACUGAGCGAGGUUUCCACCCGGUCGAGAUCUAAACUGCCCUCUGGCAAAAAUAUUCUUGUUUUUGGUGAUGAUGGCUCAGGUAAAACCACGCUUAUGGCUAAAAUACAGGGAGCAGAAUAUGGCAAAAAGGGAAGAGGACUGGAAUACUUAUAUCUAAAUAUUCACGAUGAAGACAGAGAUGAUCAUACGCGCUGUAAUGUUUGGAUUCUGGAUGGAGACUUAUACAAUAAAGGCCUGCUGAAGUUUGCCGUUUCUGCAGAAUCCCUGCAAGACACCAUUGUGGUCUUUGUUGCGGAUAUGUCUAGACCUUGGACUGUUAUGGAGUCUUUACAGAAAUGGGCCAGUGUCUUGCAAGAACAUAUUGAUAAGCUGAAAAUUCCUCCGGAAGAAAUGAGAGACAUGGAACAGAAAUUUAUAAAGGAAUUUCAAGAGUAUGUAGAACCUGAAGAAGGCUACCAAGGAUCACCCCAGAGAAGGGGCCCUUCUUCAGGCCAAGAGGAUGAAAGUGUUUCUUUGCCACUUGGAGAAAAUGUGCUGACACACAACCUUGGUAUUCCUGUGCUGGUAGUUUGUACAAAAUGUGAUGCAGUGAGCGUACUAGAGAAGGAGCAUGAUUACAGAGAGGAGCACUUUGACUUCAUUCAGUCACACAUUCGUAGAUUCUGCUUACAGUAUGGAGCUGCCUUGAUUUAUACAUCAGUUAAGGAGGAAAAGAACCUUGAUCUGUUGUAUAAGUACAUUGUACAUAAAACGUACGGUUUUCAGUUUACCACUCCUGCCUUAGUGGUAGAAAAGGAUGCAGUUUUUAUACCUGCUGGUUGGGACAAUGAAAAGAAAAUUGCCAUUUUACAUGAAAACUUCACAACAGUGAAACCGGAUGAUACAUAUGAGGACUUCAUUGCAAAACCUCCUGUACGAAAGUUAGUCCAUGAUAAAGAGCUGGCAGCAGAAGAUGAGCAAAUAUUUCUUACGAAACAGCAGUCAUUCCUUGCCAAACAGCCAGCAACGCCUACAAGAGCAUCAGAGUCUCCUGCAAGAGGACCUGCAGGAUCCCCAAGAACUCAAGGCAGAGCCGGUCCUGCCAAUGUACCUAGUGCCUCACCAAUAACAUCAGUUAAGAAACCAGAUCCAAAUAUCAAAAAUAAUGCUGCAAGUGAAGGUGUCUUGGCUAGUUUCUUUAACAGUCUCUUGAGCAAAAAGACUGGCUCUCCUGGGAGUCCUGGUGCUGGAGGAGUGCAAAGUACAGCCAAGAAAUCAGGACAAAAAACAGUUUUGACAAAUGUUCAAGAAGAAUUGGAUAGGAUGACUCGCAAGCCAGACUCUAUGGUAACAACAAGCUCUCCUCCGACAGAGAAUGAAGCUUGAUAGCGCUUAAAAAUGCAUAAAUAAAUGACCAAAUAACUAUGUAUAUUGAUCUGAUAAGACCAGGAAUUUUCUGCUAUGGCAGAUGCUAUCAGUUUUUUUGGGGGCAGGGGAAAUGAGCUUACUAUGUCAUUGCCUUGUCCCAGUAAAAAGUGCACAUUCAGGAAGUUUGCAUAUAAAAUCCCUCUGUAUAAGAUAACCAUUUAGAGUUUAUAUAGGGCAAUUCUUUUGGUUUUCGAGGUAAGCAGGUGCAGCUGCAUUUCCUGUUGUGAAGAGCACAGAGAAGCAAGAUGCAGAAUUAUUAUUAAAAUACUACUUAUGACUGCACAUAAGGCAAGAAAGAAACGGAAUCCUCUAUCAGAAUUAUUGGAAUUGGCUACUCGUAUGUUUACAAAUGAGUUAAAUACUUGGAAAGGUGGUGGUGAUGUAACAGAACAUUAAUUAGGUUGAAAGAAGCCUAGGUAGGAGAUGGAGCCCUAAAAGGGAAGCAGAUUUGAAUCAGUAAGAAACAAGAAUGUUGGAUUGACUGGAGAGGAGCAAUGUUGUCAAAUCCUGUGUUAUGCAUAGGGUAAAUAAUCCCUGUUUUAAAAAAGACUACUUUAUAUUGGAGAAUUCCAGGCCAAACACUAAGCAUCAUGGGAAUUUAUUCUUGUUAUAAAUCUUGUUUUAGUUUAGAAGAAAAGAAAUGUCUAAGAGUGUGGAUGCCCUUUCUGGUGUAGCUGACAAAGGGAGAAACUUAAACUUGUUUAGAUCCAAGUGCCUGGCACAGCGUGUGAUGUGUCUUUAGAAGGUGCUUGAAUUUAUUGUGCACUGUAGUACAAACAGUCACUGUUUGGUUUUAUUUUAAAAUGCGUAGUUUGGCAAUUUGUAUUUAAUUUUAAGUCCUGUUUUCUGAUAGCUUCUGCCUUUUUUUAUGCCAAGAGGCUAGCCUAUGAAGAAUGGUCGGUGACGUAUCAUUUUCCCAUAAUGAAAUGUGCUACAGAACACUCAGUAUUUUUUUCUUACUUUUUGUAACUAAAUAUUUGCUACCAAGCUAAAACUGUUUCCUGCCUUAUACCUGUGGAAGUUUGUAAAAAGCUUUCAAGGCCCUGUUUCCAACCACAUCUGCUGCAGGUGCAGCCAACUCCCGUUCUGAAGGUAACCUAAAAAGUACGAAUGUGUACAUGAUGAACAUAGUCAAUAACUUGUUUUGUAUUUUUUUUUUAAUGUAGCAUUUCAUUUGGAAAGAUGGGUUGUUGUCCCCGUUGCUGUGACGGAGCUCUGCCCAUGGUCACAGAAAACCAUCCUUCUGUAAAAACAAAACUGCUAUGGUUACUGAAAUGGCACUUUUGAUUUUAUAUAUGGUAUGCUUGUUUUACAUGUACACACUACCCUAAAUUAAAAAAUGCCAAGCAUAUUCUGUGCUCUUAAUGCUGAAGGGAAAAACCACAAUUUGAGUUACGCAGAGUUUACUUUCUGUUGUUAUAAACUUGUACUAAAUCCGAUGUCUGGAUAUAACUUCCCUAAUAUAUACUGUUACUUAAAUAUACAGAAUUAGGUUGACCACUAACACAGUACUGGAUGUUAACUUCAAAUCCUAUGUAACAUCAAGAGGCUGUUCUUCACGUAAGUCUGUCUAAACAUUAUCUAGGAAGCUAAGAGUAUUUACUUGCCUCUUUGACAACCAUUAACGUGAGCAUGUUAUUUGUGCCAGUUUUGUUAAGAAUGUGGGUUUUUUUAACUUUUUAAAAUAAAGGGUAUGACCUAAAGUUACACAGUUGUCUAGAUAAUGGACUAAGACUGUGGAUGGCUGAUGGGAAUGUGGAUGUACUUCCUGGUGUAAUGGGUGCCAGUUGCAAGUUGCCACACCAGAAGUAAUUACACUCUGUCCUUCUGACACAGAGAAUUGAGACUGAAACAUCAAAGGCAUUACAAGAAAAUUGGAAAAGUGUGUGAUUGUAAUGGGAUAGAGUUUGAAAACCUCAGUCCAAAAUUGUGUUUUUGCCAUCUAACCUGAUAAGCACUUUCCCUAGCAAUACAGCUGAAACUUACAAUUGAAGUACUUCCCAGUUUUAUAAAAGUGUUAAAUAUACUAAAAUUUAUCAAAACUGAUAACUGUAACUUAAUAGCUUUGCGAAAAGAUGCUUCUGACAAAAGAGAAACAGAUUUCCAGUUUCUAAUUGCAAGUGAAUGCUCCUAGUUUAUCAGAAGAGUUGUAAGUAAUGUAGCAUCCUGUGGCUGCCGAAGUCUGCCAGCUUUGGUGAGCUGCACAGUUCUUCUGGUGUCUUCAAGCAUUGGAACCAAAGGCCAAUUGCAAACAGCCUUCACAUUUUCAAGCGAAACUUCAUUUUAUUUGCAGAUACACUUGUACGGUAGACUGUUUAACCUGUUAUAUGACUGUAUUUAUAUGCAUUACGGUGACUGCAUCUACUAUUCGUGUUUAAGAAAACAAAAAAAGAAAUUGUUCAACUUGAAGCAAAUAUAAAAGUUUAAAGAUUGGCCCUCCAUAAAAAUGCUGUGGUUAUGCUGCUUGAUUUUAAGUUUGCACUUUUUUUAUUGGCAUUUAAAAAAAACUGUUUAAACUGAAUUUCGUAUUUUAUUUAAUUUAACUGCAUUGAAAGUGACUGCUCUGUACAUCAUGAACUUAACAAUAUACAUGCUGUAAAUGAAAGUUCACUGUCCUGUAUACUAAGGGUGUUUUUUGUUUGUUUUUUUGGGGGGAGGGAAGGAAGGUAGAGCAGGGUGGGUGGCGGUUGUUUAUUUUGUUUGUUUUUUUCCAACUUAUAAUUAGGACUGCAAAUGUAUGAGACAAACCUUAGACCAGCUGUAUGGCUUUAACCAAGUGCAGUAUGCAGUCAUGUGGGAUCUUGCUUUCUAGUGCUGGCAAAAUAAGGACAUCUUUAAUUACUGGCUUCAAUAAACACGAAUCCAGACUGCUCUAUGCUGUGAUUUUUUAAAAAAAUUUUUCAUUUUCAUUUUUAAGAUCACCCUUCUAGAGCUGUUUCUGUGGGAGCAGAACAUCAGUGAGUUCAGUGAACAGGAGAGUUAAGUCGGCUCAUACUUGUGUACAGGGUGGAAAGCUAGCCACUUGGAUGGUGUAAGUAAUGGACUGCUAAUAACAGAACUAAGUUUUUUUUCCCCUUUGGUAAGUGCAACAAGUUUUUCUUAGUAAGCAUAGAAAGAACAGGCCAAUUUAAGUAGAAUUUUUCUGUUUCCUUGUUACUUGAGCUGGAUGCCUUUCUGUUCUCCUACAUAGCCUGGAAUUCUACUUCAUUAAUGUUUGUGACUAAUUUCUGUUACAGAAGCCAACUGAGCUUUUGAUUGCUAAAAUACAUAGUUUGUGUAGAAGUGAAGCUUUAUGAAGCCAUGAAGCAAUUAUUCUGUGGAGUUACCAUAAUGCUUCUUCUUUGAAUGAGUUCAUUAAUAUACAGUAAAGUAUUCCUUUUGGUUCAUUUAAAAUGCAAAACGUUCAAGGUGGGAUUUAGAAAAUAAUUUUUGAAUAUAUGAUGAGAAAUAUAUUUAGAGGGGAACUAAAUGAAAGUUUCAUCUUCAGAUGUAUUGAAGCUGGAAAUGGCUUUAUUCAUAAAGACCAUAAUAGUGGAUAGAAAUGAAGGAACGCCCCUGUAACUCUUGUGUGUACUUCACUGUUACUUGUCAGUAGGGUUGUUUGUGGGUUGUUAGUGACUUUCUUUUUUUCUCUUUUUUUUUUUUUUUUUUUUUUAAA